AUGUCCUCCUCAGGCAUCCUCGAAAUCGACAAGGAGGAGGACAUAAUUGAAAAUCGGUACGAAGCUCUUCCAGAGCACUGCAAGCGCUACUGGAAAAAGCGGUACCAAUUGUGGUCUCGCUUCGACCAAGGGGUGCUUUUCACGCCAGAAUUGUGGUAUUCGGUUACCCCAGAAAACGUCGCCAAAUUCACCGCCAAAUUAGCGAAGGUCCUUGUGCCUAGAGCAAAAGCUACUUUGGAUGUUUGCUGUGGUGGAGGCGGAAACACCAUCCAAUUCGCUCGUUAUUUCGAGAAACUGGUUGGUGUGGAUAUCAGCUCUACCAACAUCACCUGUUGUGAGCAGAAUGCCAGGGUGUAUGGAACGAAGAAUGUGCAUUUUCUCAAAGGAGACUGGAGAGAGCUUCAGGAUUCGAGAGAUUGGGUGCCAGAGGGAGUGGAAUUGGAUAAUGGCAAGUUUGAUGUGGUGUUCAGCUCUCCUCCUUGGGGAGGUCCUGCUGUCAAUAAGCAGGAGAAGUUUGACCUUCACAAGAUGAGGCCGUUCAACAUUAGAGAGAUUGUCACGAGCAUGAAGAAAGUUUCGGACAAUAUUUUUUUGUUCAUUCCCAAGAACUCCAAUUUGGAUCACAUUCGAGAGGUUGUGAGAGAACUCUAUGGAUCCAAAGGAAAGGCUCGUGCUUAUCAGACAUUCGAAGAUGGCUGGCCUGUGGCAUUGUUGGUGGUGUUUGGCGACACGUGGAGAAAGGAAGUCAAGAAGGGCAUCAAAGUUGAUGCUCUAGAUACUGGACCUCCGAAGGGUGCGAUGAUUGAGUUCCUUCUUUCGAAGGGACUCACUAUAGGGGCUAAGUAA